AUGGGGGAGUUACCCGAUUCUAUUGGCGAUUAUAUGAGAAUGUAUGAAAGAACUGCAAAAGAAACUUUGUAUAGAUCGGCAAGAGGUGUUGUUGAAACUUUUAAUGACGUUUAUUUGCGGAAACCUUCGUUAAAUGGUAUGCAACAACUAUAUGUUGCACAUGAAGAAAGACAUGGUUUUUCGGGAAAGACAUCAGAUGCUCAUUUCACAGUGAGUGAAAAUGAAUAUAAAUUUGUGUAUUACAUUACGGAUGAAAUAUAUCCAUCAUAUUCCACUUUCGUGAAGGUGUUUCGACACCUAGUAGAACUAAAAGACAAAUUUUUCAAGAGACGACAAGAAGGAGUACAUAAGGAUGUGAAACGUACUUUUGGAGUUCUAAAGAAGUAA